AUGCCCACCUCUCCGCAGGCCGAUAGCACCGAGCCCGAGACCACUGCGAUCACCGACCCGACCGAGCCACCAAGCUGCAUGGCUUGCGAAAGCACCACGAGGAGAUCAUGGGCAUCGGCGGCCGUCCCCACGAAAAGGUCAGUCUUGGGUGUGGCCAAGCGCCUCGAAUAUAUCUUCCGCAACAAGGAGGUUGAGGACCUAGACGGAGAGUUUGCCAUAGAUGCGAAGAACAAGUGGUUCGGCAUAGAUCAGGGUAGCGAUGGGUUGACGUUCAACUACACAGAUCGCUUGACCGACAUCAGCAUACUGGAGAGUAACGACCACAAUGCCGCUGAUCGCUUCCCACAUCUGGUUUCAUUUGUUGGCAACCGGUACGUCCUCAUUAUCAAAGACAGUAUGGAUCGAGCUACCUACUGA